AUGUCCACCCUUAUUGAGGGUGGUCCUGUAAAUGGGCAUCUGUCGCCGGAACAUACGAUAGCCAUCCAGACCCGCAACGUACGCGACCGGAGCGAGAGCGACGCCUCAGACACGCGUCCCGAAUCUGUUUCUGAGAAUGGCUAUGGCGCAUCACCAACCUCAUCUGAUGAUGCCCUCGAUGCUACACAUGUUGUCAACGGAGAUCAGUAUUCACAAGAUAGUGAUGGUCAGACACCCGACAAUGCUUCGGACGAUGCCGAUUUCGAUAUGCAAGACAGUCCUGUAUCCCAUCCUGAGGAUGCCAUCGACGAGCACUCAAGCUCGAGCGACUCCAGCAAGGCUCUAAAACGACGAGCCACCGCACGUGAGGAUGAUUUUAUACUCGCCAAUCCUGAACUCUAUGGCCUGCGCCGAAGCCGACGGCCGCAACAGCCUCGGAAGACGGUUGUGUCUGAUAACUCGGAAGAGGACGUGGUGCCUGCAAAUCGCCGGGCAUCAAAACGCCGUCGAGUGGACAACUCUCGUCCCUCUUCUAUACGACCCACCCCUUCUCAUCAGCCAUCAACGGAUGGAUCGGAAUCCGACUCUGAUAACUACGGGGGAGCACGCGCGAAAAGGUCUCAGAAGAAAGCUAGACUCGAGAGAGAGUCGCAACCCAACCUCGUCGAAAAGCGGUGGUCUAACAGGCGUACCGCUCAGCGAGUAACAUACGAAGAGAGCGACCUCGAAGUUGAAGAAGAAGAAGAGAUGGCGCCCGAAAACUUCACCGCUGAUUACGUUGAUGACUCUCCGUACAUCGAAAAGGUAGUUAAACACCAAACGAAAGACAACACAGAACUGAGUUACGACUUGGAGCGUAAUGAUUUCCUGUAUUUCAUUAAGUGGCAGGCAAAGUCUCAUCUCCAUGAUUCAUGGGAGAGCAUAGACAGUCUGAAGCAUAUGCGGGGCUUCCGUAAAGUCGAAAAUUACUACAGAAAAGUCGUCGAGCAGGAGCUUGAUAUGCGCUUCGGAGACGAAGUAGCCCCCGAGACGAGAGAACAAUUUUUCCUCGAUAGAGAACGCGAUGAAGAAGCCCUCGAGGACUAUACCAAGGCGGAGCGCGUUGUUGCUGUUCGCGAUGGCGAGGAUGGAACAGAAUACUACGUCAAGUGGAAGGGCCUGACUUACGAAGAGUGCACAUGGGAAGCCGCCUCUAACAUCAGCCCUGACUUUCAAGAUAAGAUUGACCAGUUUCUUGAUAGGUCGUCUCGAUCUUGGCAGUCCAACCGCAAAGAGAGCAACAAAGACACUCGGUCGCGGAUGGUAAAAUUGGACAAGCAGCCUGACUACAUCCAAGGGGGUGAGCUGCGGCCCUUCCAGCUGAAAGGCCUGAAUUUUCUUUGUCUGAACUGGACGCGACAGAACAAUGUCAUCCUUGCAGACGAAAUGGGUCUCGGCAAAACGGUUCAAACUGUUUCCUUCUUGAGUUGGCUCCGAAACCAGCGCGGACAAGAGGGUCCAUCACUCGUCGUUGCCCCCUUGAGUGUCAUUCCCGCAUGGUGCGAUACUUUCAAUACCUGGUCACCCGACCUGAACUACGUCGUGUACCUUGGACCAGAAGAAGCCCGCAACAUCAUUCGUGAUCAUGAACUUCUCGUUGAUGGCAAUCCCAAAAGGCCAAAGUUCAAUGUGCUAGUGACCUCGUAUGAGUUCAUUCUGCAAGACUGGCAGUUCCUGCAGUCUAUUAAGUGGCAGACUCUCGCUGUCGAUGAGGCACAUCGUUUAAAGAACAAGGAGUCCCAACUCUAUGCUCGCCUGAACGGGUUCAAUUUCCCCUGCAAGGUCUUGAUCACCGGAACCCCAAUCCAGAAUAACCUGGCGGAGCUUUCUGCACUUUUAGACUUCUUGAACCCUGGAGUAGUAAACAUUACUGAAGAUCUCGACUCCCUGUCAGCUGCAGAUGCCCAGGAGAAGCUGCAGGAGCUCCAUAGCUCCAUCGCGCCCUACAUCAUCAGGCGAACCAAGGAGACGGUGGAGUCUGAUCUGCCUCCCAAGACGGAGAAGAUUAUUCGCGUUGAACUCUCAGAUGUUCAGCUUGAUUAUUACAAGAACAUCCUGACCAAGAACUACUCAGCCCUAUGUGAUGCAACCAAUGGCCACAAGAACUCUCUGCUGAAUGUCAUGAUGGAACUGAAGAAGAUCAGUAACCACCCGUAUAUGUUUGCAGGUGCAGAAGAAAAAGUUCUGGCUGGGAGCAUUCGCCGUGAAGACCAAAUCAAAGGUCUCAUCGCCAGUAGCGGGAAGAUGAUGCUUCUGGACCAGCUCCUGACAAAACUGAAAAAGGAUGGACACCGGGUCCUCAUCUUCAGUCAGAUGGUUCGAAUGCUCGAUAUCCUGGGUGACUAUCUAUCUUUGCGAGGGUACAAAUUUCAACGGCUAGAUGGAACGAUUGCUGCUGGCCCUCGACGAAUGGCAAUCAACCAUUUCAACUCGGAGGACAGUGAAGACUUUUGUUUCCUCCUAUCAACCCGUGCUGGUGGACUUGGCAUUAACCUGAUGACUGCUGACACUGUCGUCAUUUUCGACUCAGACUGGAACCCUCAGGCUGAUCUUCAAGCCAUGGCCCGAGCUCAUCGAAUCGGCCAAAAGAGACCGGUCAAUAUCUAUCGGUUGGUGAGCAAGGAGACUGUUGAAGAAGAGGUCCUGGAGCGAGCCCGUAACAAGCUUCUGCUUGAGUAUUUGACUAUCCAAGCCGGAGUCACAGACGAUGGCAAAGCAGCUCUCAAGGCAGAGUUGAACAAGAAGGGAGUCAAGACGGAUGGCCCUUCCUCCAACGAAGAUAUCCAAAUGGUCUUGAAGAUGCGAUCUUCCAAGAUGUUUGAGCAGAAAGGCAACCAAGAGCGAUUGGAACAGCUUGAUAUUGAUUCUAUCCUGGAAAAUGCUGAGGUGACCAAGACAAAAGUCGAUGACAAGAUCAACCUGAGUAGUGGUGGUAUCGACUGGGAUAGCUUCAUGCAGGUUACCGAUGUGAAAGUUGACGAUUUGGCCCUUGACUGGGACCAGAUCAUCCCUGCAGAGAAGAUUGCUGAGAUCAAGGCAGAGGAAGAAAUGAAAAAGCACGAGGACUAUCUUGCCAAGGUCGCAGAAGAGAGCGCACCUCGCAGAGCCGCCGUGAAGAAUCGCAAUCGAGAAACAGACCGUGCAGACAGACUGAAGAAACGACAGAAAGAGCAGGAGCAAGAGGCAGCCGAGAAGCGUGCGCUGGAAGUUGAUCCAAAACGGCCAUUGAACGACAAGGAACAGCGUGUUUUGAUCAAGGCCUUUUUUCGAUAUGGCUCAUUGGAUGAUCGUGCCGACGACAUCAUACAGGAAGCAAAACUUGGUGAUAGAGAUCCAGACGUUAUCAAGUCCAUGCUCAAUGACUUCAUCAAAGCUGCCCAGGACGCUGUAGACGAGAACAGUGCCAGGGUUGCUGAAGAAGAGAAAAAGAUUGGCAAGACUCUGACCAAGAAGGACAAGAAAGCCGUUCUGAUUGAUUUUGGCGAUCUGCGCAAGGUCAAUGCCGAGACGGCGAUUGAAAGGCCGAUGCAAUUGCAGACUCUUCGCCAAGCCAUCCAGACCUCUCAAGAUUGGCGCACGUUCCGACUGCCUGAUGCGACAAAAGCUGCAAGCUACAGUUGCCCCUGGGGUGCGAGAGAAGACGGCAUGCUUCUGGUCGGGAUUGACAAGCAUGGAUUCGGUGCUUGGCCACAGAUACGCGAUGACGCAGAUCUCAACAUGGGAGACAAGCUCUUCCUCGAGGAGCAGCGCGUUGCUAAGAAGGAGGAACGAAGCAAGGGCAAUGACAAGCAGAAAGCUCCUGGCCCUGUUCACCUCGUACGACGUGCUGAAUACCUGCUCUCUGUUCUUCAGUCCAAGAACUCACCAGACAAGUCGUUGCAUAAAACGGUGGAGAAUCAUCAUCGCAAUAACAAGAAGCAGCCCUUGUCCAACGGCCAUAGGUCCGCGGCUACUGCAUCUCCUGUCCCCCACGGGAGCAAGAAGCACCGCGAAAGGGAGAGGGACCACGGAUACGACGAUUCACACCGCUCGAGAAGCCAUCUCGAUGACCAUGGCACGCCGCGGCCGGAUAAGAGGAAGCAUGCAUCUAAUGACGAUGUUCGGAACUCAAAGCACCGUCGGUAUGAUGAAACUGGGCGUUCGAGCAAGCAUGGCGAUGAGCGAGAUCGGGAACGAGACCGAGACCGAGAUCGUCUCCGAACCGAGAAGAGUCGUUAUCGCGAUGAGGACGACCGUAGACAUGAUAGGCAUCGUCACCGGCACGAUGAUCGUCGUGAUGAUCGCCGAGACGACCGUCGAGAUGAUCGCAGGGACGACCGUCGAGACAGCCGACGGGAUGAUCGACGAGAUGGCCGCCGUGAUGAUCGCCGUGAUGACCGUCGUGAUGAUCGCCGUGAUGAUCGUCGUGAUGACCGCCGCGAUGACCGUCGUGAUGACCGUCGGGAUGAGCGCCGAGAUGACAGACGGCGCGACCAUGAGGCGCGACCGCAUGAUGAACGCAAAGCCAAGGCCCUUCGUCGACUGGAUGAGCUGCGACGCAUUGGUGAUGACCAAGAACAACGGGCAAAAGACAACGAUGCUCUGAUUUGGUUCCUCUUAAAGCCUGUCCGUGGAAACUUCGAGAAAAUACUGUCUACUACCAAGGAAACCGUCAAGUCAAGCAAAGAGCGCGCCUCUAUCUUCAGUGUUGAGCUCCUCGCCAUUGGACUGUUCCUGGAUGAGAAUUUUACUGCUGCCGACGAGGCACUGAAGAGCCGAUUCUGGGAUUUCCUCGCCGAGUUGUGGCCUGUAGACGAUACAAGCAAGAGCGUGACCGGCCAGCGCCUGAGCAAGAUGUAUCAAGCUCUUCGUGCCCGCAAGUCAACCUCAGGAGACAGUUCUUCGAAACCAAAUGGAAGAUGA